CCUCCGACUCCUAGCUCUUACAAUCCUCUACGCAACUCUCACUCUCUCCCGCUCACCGAAAUUUCGCUUCUUGAUUAUUAGAAUUUCUGGUUUUGCAAUCCAACUUUAUAAGAAUAAUAGAAUUGUGCUUCAAGCUGAGAACCCAACAUUCAAAGAAGAAAAUUUUGAUGGAAUUGUUAGCUAAAUCAGUCACUGUUUCUGUAAUGAUCCCCAAUUCUGAUAUGGGAACGGAGUGUUGGUCUGGAAAAAUUUAUCAUUUCUGUUCAAGAUUUCCUGGAUUCCCAGGUUGUCUUUUCUUGAAUGUGCUUUUAUCAUGGUUUUGAAAUAUUAGAACAUGAAUUUCUGUAGCGGAUGUUUAGUUCCUGAUGAAUAUGUUGAAUCAUCUGUUCAAUUCAUUAUUGCAAUGUAGGGAUUUUUUUUUUUUUUUUCAGACCUAAUAGUGUGGAUGUUUAGUUCAUUUUGGAGGAUUUGACAAGAUGAUAGCCUUCUUUCAGAUCUUAAUUUCUAACAUCCUGGCAAUUUCUGAAAGAUAGCUAUUUUGCUAGUGCAAAGUAUUUUUUAAGCCAUUAAUCUUGGAAACCAUUCUGAUGAUGCAGCUCUUAAGGGCUUGUUUAGUUGGUGAAAAUUAUUCCUAAGAAAGUUUCUUAAAUUUAGCUUGUUUUUAUAGUUUGACUAAGGGAUAGCAAUUACCACCAACCAAACAUGGCCUAAGUGUUCAAAAUUCUUCUUAGUAUCAGACUAUUAGCCAAGUUUCUCUCAUGAUCAGUUCAUGCUACUGGAAUUUUGAAAAAUCAAUAAAAAAGGAAAGGAACAUGACCUUUUUCAUACCAGACCUAAUUUUAAUUGUUCUUUUUAUUGAAAUUGGUUCUUCUAAGGUUGAUCAUACAUCUAGAGUGGCCAUUUUGUUUGAUCAUUGGAAAUUUUAUGCAGAGUAUACGAGCAAUAGCUCUUCUGGUUUGCAUCCUGCUAACUAGGUAAGUGCAUAUUAACAGUACUACAAGUGGAGUACUUGGUUGUGGGAUAAUAUGGCUAGUUAUUGAAUUUAGGUAUUUAUGCUUGUUUUCUUGUUCUAUCUGUUUUUAUGAUGGAAAUUGUUGAUUGGAAACUAGUCUAAUUUAAUUGCAUGACAUGACAGUGUCAGGUUUACAUUUUUUUUUUUAAGCCCCCAAUUUCAUGUUUCAUGACUGUGUUCCAAUGCAGACACGUUCAGCUUCUGUUAAUCCACUGUCUUUUGUGAAUACAAUGGAAACACAAAUCAAGAACGAUAACUCAGUUGAUUCACCCUUAGUUGAUGAGGGUUCAUCUGUUCAGAUAAAAGUCCUGUUCUUUGCCAGAGCGCGCGAUAUAACAGGAUUGACUGAGUUGCCAUUGGAUGUUUCUUCCGGUAGUACCACUCAAGAUUGCCUGAACAAGCUUGUUGUUAAGUUUCCUAGCUUGGAAGAGAUCUGCGGGUGCAUAGUUCUUGCUCUGAAUGAGGAAUACACUACUGAGUCUGCCAUUGUCAAAGACAGAGAUGAGUUGGCCAUCAUACCUCCCAUAAGUGGUGGCUAAAUAUUUCUGUUCUGACUCAUGUUUUUAACAACUUUCAAAGAAGCAAAUACUUCUUGUACAAUAAUGUGGUUUAGCAUAGAUUUUUCAGUAAACCCAAAUUUGAUUUGAAUCGAAUAAGACAAAUACUGUUGUAAUAUGUUAAAGUGUAAUUUUCUUCUUUAAAAGGGAAAAAUGAAAUCUUGCAGUUACA